UUUUUUUUCUUUUUUUUUUCCCUUGUUCCCCUAUUAAAAGUUUAUUUCAUAUACAAAUUCAACAUAAACUAGUGAUAUUUAUUUAAUAUUUUUCUUCUUCCUUCCUUCCUUCCCUUUUUUUUUUCUUCAAUAAUAAUAGUCGUUUUAUGUACGAAGGAAAAAGAGAAAAAAAUAAAGAUUAUUCACUUGGUUUACAUGGUGCUGCUUUGAAUGGCAAUGUUGGGCUUGUCAAAUUUGCACUUGAUCAUGGUGCGCCUAUUGAUUCAGUCAUUAAUGGUUACAUGCCUUUACAAUUAGCAUGCAUUAAUGAAAACCAUAUUGCAGUUGUGCAAUAUCUCAUUGAUAGAGGUGCUGAUGUUAACGCACAAAGAUGGUCAAAGAAACAUAGUACAGAUAAAUCGCAGGCAGUGGCAGGCGCAACAGGUUCAACGGCUUUACAUGUGGCAUGUGCGAAUGGAUGUACUAAAAUUGUCGAUUUAUUAUUAAGAAAUGGAGCUAGAACAAAUGUACGUGAUAAAUAUGGUUCAAGACCUGUAGAUGUAGCAGCAGCUCGAAAUCAUAUUGAAAUUGUUAAAUUAUUAGAAACAUUUGAUUCAAUGCAAUUGAUGCUGAAAGGAUUACAGGAAGGUAAAAAUAAUGUGAUUGAGCUUGAAAGAGAACCCUCCUAUCGUCGCUCAAUGGAUACAACAUAUCGACAACAACAAAAGGCAGCAAAAAUGGAUAGAUUACGAAGGCCGAGUUUACCGAGUGUAUUUGAAUCACAAAAAUUGAAUAUACCAGACAUCUCUACUUUACCCCCGCCUAGACAUAGUUUAAAUACAAUAAGGCCAACACAGGAUGAAUUAGGAUUGUUAGAUCAAAAUGAUAAACACUCUCAACCUAUUCCAGUUUCCUUCACUUAUUCAUCUACUAAAUCUUCCUUUGAUGAUUCUUUCACAACCUCCGUUUCUACAACUGACAAUUAUAAAGAAGAUUGGUAUAGCUAUGGUGUAGUGAAUCAUUAUGAUGAUGAAAAUUAUCUUUUAUCACUUGAAAGAAGAGCAUUUGGACUCUAUUCACCUCCUGCUACAAGCUAUUUCAGCCAUUAUACAGAGCAUGAGAAUGAGAGUCGAGGUCGUGCCUCAUUUGAUAUUCAUCAAAGAUCACCCUCUCUUGAGAUGAGUUCUAGUCUAAAACGAUGUAGUUCAGAUGGAGGUCAUUUACGUACUACAGCACUUAUGAAUGCAAUGGCUGCUAAUAAUAAUGACCCAUCAGAGCCACGACCUUCAGUCUAUGAAGGAGGAAGACCCUCAUUAGAUCAAAUUGAAAGUUUAGCAAGCAAUACAAAGAAAUCAUGGUGGAAUCAUAUGAUGGGUGGUAGUCCAUCGAAUGAAGUCCCUACUGUUGAUACAGUAGCACGUAAAUCCAUCGACAUUAUAUAUCCAGUCGGUAGACCUUCACUGGAUAAUAAUAGUGGACGUAAAAGUACAAGUCUUGAUUUUAGACCAAGCUUAGAUAGUUUAUCUCAAUUUGCUAAAAGGAAUUUAUUUGAAGGAUUAACAAGAAGAAGUAGUUUAGAAACCAACAAUGGUAACCUUAUGGAUGAUAAUAAAAGUAGUAUAUCAAAUCGUAGUUUCCUAUCAAAAUGGUGGUCUAAUCAUAGUAAUUCUAUUAAAAAGUAAUAUGUUUUUUUAUAUAUGUGUAUGUAUGUAUGUAUGUAUAUAUAAGCGUAUUGAUACCCUUUCUUUUCUGCCCUUGAUUUAAAUAAUAAAAAAAGAAAAAAAAUACAUAUUUUUUUAUUAUCGUUAUCAUUA